UACAUAGUGAGUGAUAAACAGAUGCCUUAGGCGAAAUGAUCUUUAAUCACUGGAAAUACUAACGUUUUGAGUUAAGCACGGAAUUUGAAUUUGCGUUAUGAUGGAUAAAAUUGUGAAACAUAAGUUACAUAAACCUAAUCAUAAUGAAGUCGCGGAAGUUCUUCAAGCAGGGCUAUCAAAUACUUUUUCACAUAUCUCUGUGGAUGUUGUAGAUUGUCCUGAUUUGAAAGGAAAACCUUACAUGUUAGCAGCUGAAGGUAUUUGUGGGAAUCCAUGCCUUGCAGAUGUUGGUGGGGUCCCCUAUUUGAUACCAGUUGCACGCACAGACAAGGUGUAUAAUUUAAGAGAAAUUGCAAAAAAAUUAGAAUUGCCAAAUGCUUUAAUCAUAGGCGCAGGAGCAGGCCCUAGACAUCACGUUGGAACAAAUUGUGAAAUGAUGCCAAAUAUAAAAUUCAAUGAGGAUGAAUUUAAUAACACACAUGUUGCCAAGAUCGGAAAGGAUGGCAAUUGUGAAUUGGUUCACUUAAAAGAUAAUGAGGAAUUUUGCCUUUUAGGCAAUCUUUUUGCUUCAGAAGGUAAAAGUGGAAAGGUAAUUAAAGUUACAGCACAGCAUAGGAAAACUUCUGAAAAUUUUGUUUCAGCUAUGCGUAAGACUUUAGCAGAGCACUAUAAAGACCAACCUAUUGGUAUAGGGGGAGUUUUUAAUAUACAAGUUGGCGAAGCAAAGCUGCAUAUAAUGCCUGAUUACUCAAAAACUCCACUGAAGACUGAUGAAGAUGUUAACAAUUGGUUAAAGUUUUACAACCAGCCAGCUCCUUUAGUAUGUUUAAGUACUUUUAUAUCACAUGAUCCGGGUUUAGAUUUAAGAGUUGAGCAUACUCAUUGCUUUAGUGAUCAUGAUGUAGGUGGUCAUUAUCAUGAAGACACUACUCCAGAUAUUGUAAAGUAUGAAGGAUAUUUCAAUGUAGCAGAUUUUAUUUACAGAAUUGAUCCACCAGCGGAAACACAUCAAGUUGGGAGAGACUGAAUAUUCUGAUACAAACUAAAUGCAUUUUAGGAGAAUUUAACUGAGAUCUAUCUUAUUGGUAGAUCUGUAUUAAAUUUUCCCAAAAUGAUGCAGAUGAUAAUUUGUUUGGAUGGGGAGAGGAGGAAACAUUUGUUUAUUAAAUAUAGCCAAUCAUAUUUUUAAUGAUAUUUUCUAAAUCUAAAUUUAUUGUUAGAAGCUACUUAUAUUCUGUCAGAACCUAAUUUCUGGUCAAUCAAUCAAGAAUUUCUGGUAAUUAAUCAAGAAUUACAAGAAUUUUCUAAUUUACUUCAAAAGAAAAAAAUAUAUGUAUAUACAUUAUAAAGAUUUUUAUACAACUGUGUGA